AUGAACAGAGCGGGGACUACGCUCCUACAAAAGACUGGUCAAAUUGAGCGCACUGUGGACAGAGAUUUCGCCGAUGAGGAGGCAAAGUACAAGACGUUAGUAGUCAUCCCCCCUUUCAGUGUCUUGUCUCUCGGAUAUGAGAAAGAAUGCCAGGCCCUGCAGAAAGAUAGCAAGGGGUAUCUCGAUGCUAUGCGGGCGAUGACUGCCGCGCAAGGUCGGCUUGCGGAUACGAUUGAUGUCUUCUACGGUGCAGCGGACAAGAAUUCGGAGGGCGCCAUGGCUGCGCAUGCGUACAAGCGUGCGGUGGAUGACCUUGACACUGGUGUGGGGAGGGAGUUGGAUGCGCCCUACAGGACGACCGUCAUGGAACCUCUCGGUAAAAUGAAUGCAUAUUUCCCUGUGGUGAAUGAGCAUAUUUCGAAACGCAACAAGAAGCUCUUAGACUACGAUUCUGCCCGUAGCCGGAUGAAUAAGCUCAUUCAGAAGCCAAGUGACGAUCCGACCAAGCUCCCAAAGGCACAGCAAGAGCACGACGAUGCCAAGGAGGUUUUCGAUAUGUUGAACGAACAGCUCAUCGCCGAGCUCCCUCAGUUGCUCGAUUUGCGUGUUCCAUUUUUUGAUCCCAGCUUUGAGGCGAUGAUUCGAAUGCAGUGCAAAUUUGCUGAAGAGGGUUAUGAGAAACUUAGCGGCGUUCAAAGAUACUUUGCUGAUAAUGUCCGAGACGACUACGCGGCAGGGCAGCUUGACGCACAGGUUGAGGGCGUUUUGCAGGAAAUGAAGGAGCUGACAAUCUGCGGUGCGAGUUAA